AUGACCACUGCAAUUGAUAAACCAUAUGUUCAUGAAGGAGGAAUUCGACCAUAUUAUGAACAACAAAUACAAAAUACAGAAAUAGAAAUACAACAAACAACACAAAAUUUAAGACGUUUAGAAGCUCAAAGAAAUAAAUUAAAUAAUAGUGUAAGACAAUUAAAAGACGAAUUAAGAUUAUUACAAGAACCUGGAUCAUUUGUUGGAGAAGUUAUAAAAGUAAUGGGAUUAAAAAAAGUAUUAGUUAAAAUACAUCCUGAAGGAAAAUAUAUUGUUAAUAUAACAAAAGAUAUUGAUGUUAAAAAAUUAACUCCUUCAAUAAGAGUAUGUUUAAAAGCUGAUAGUCAUGAUUUAUAUAAAAUUUUACCAAAUAAAGUAGAUCCUUUAGUUUCGUUAAUGAUGGUUGAAAAAGUUCCAGAUUCUACUUAUGAUAUGGUUGGUGGAUUAGAUAAACAAAUAAAAGAAAUAAAAGAAGUUAUUGAAUUACCUGUAAAAUAUCCAGAAUUAUUUUCAAGUUUAGGAAUUGCUCAACCAAAAGGUGUAAUAUUAUAUGGACCACCAGGAACUGGUAAAACUUUAUUAGCAAGAGCUGUUGCUCAUCAUACUGAAUGUAAAUUUAUAAGAGUUUCUGGAUCAGAAUUAGUUCAAAAAUAUAUUGGAGAAGGUUCAAGAAUGGUUAGAGAAUUAUUUGUAAUGGCAAGAGAACAUGCACCAUCUAUAAUAUUUAUGGAUGAAAUUGAUUCAAUUGGUUCAUCAAGAGUUGAAGGUUCUUCUGGUGGUGAUUCAGAAGUUCAAAGAACAAUGUUGGAAUUAUUAAAUCAAUUAGAUGGUUUUGAAAGUUCAAAAGAUAUAAAAAUUAUAAUGGCAACUAAUAGAUUAGAUAUAUUAGAUCCAGCAUUAUUAAGACCAGGUAGAAUAGAUAGAAAAAUUGAAUUUCCUGCUCCUACAUUACAAGCAAGAACAGAUAUUUUAAAAAUUCAUUCAAGAUCAAUGAAUUUAACAAGAGGUAUAAAUUUAAAAAAAAUUGCUGAAAAAAUGAAUGGAUGUUCUGGAGCUGAUGUAAAAGGUGUUUGUACUGAAGCUGGUAUGUAUGCUUUAAGAGAAAGAAGAAUUCAUGUUACUCAAGAAGAUUUUGAAUUAGCAGUAGCAAAAGUGAUGAAUAAAAAUAAUGAAGAAGGUGUUUCUUUACAAAAAUUAUUUAAAUAG